AUGACCAUCUAUACAGCUGAUCAGUUGCCCAAAUUCACCACACAUCCGGCCACCUUCAUCCCGACCGUUUUCGGUGGUCAUGUUCUCGUCUACGAAAGUCGCUCACAUCCGGGUCAUCGUCGUGAAUUCGCUUUCAAGACUCGUUUCACGAACCAAUCGGGUGUUAGUUCAUGCUACUACCGUUGCAUGUCGUGUCGCUCAAUGAAGAACCGAGUGGCACCUGGCCCGGACGGUAAACCACCACAAAUUCCUUGCAUAGCCGUUAAGAACGGCUACAUCGUGAACGAUCCGGACUUUCCGGAAGCCAACGACCAUUUUUGCAUUCCACCAACUAUCGAAGAGUCAAAGCAGAAAGAGGCGAACGGCUUUGCGAAGGCGAUCGUUAAGGGACGACCACGUCAGAAGCAGCCUCGUGCACCACGAGCCACCGCAGCCAACAAGAAACGUCAGCCGUACUUGGAUCAAAUGCAAGCCUAUCAAGAGAUGACGAGCGCGUUGUUGAAUGAUGAUGCGAACAAUCUUUUCGAUGUGUCCAAUGGUUUCGAUCUGGAUCAGACCUUUUCAAGCGCGUCCACAUCCAGCUUCUUGUCCACAUUUUCGAAUGGUCUCGCAGAUAUGUGCGCAAAUGAGGAGAAAUUGAAUGGUUUCGGCAAUAGUGAUUUGAAGAAACUCGCGUCGGGAUUGAAUUUCAAAUUCGGUGACGACGACAACGACGAUGAGAUGGACAGUACGACGAAGGCGAAUAAUCUACUCGCCUCGCUGAUAAGUUCUGAGCCUGCGCUUCGAAGUGCACUAGCACUAACCACCCCAAUGGCAGUCAAUUCACCACUGUCGUGUCAUCAUCGCAAUGCGUCAUCACUCGAACUAGAAAAAAAUGGUCUCAGUCAACUGUUCCGUCAAAGUCCUGAGAGUUAUACUGCGCUCGUCAUGAAUUCGCUCUCGUCACAAUGCGAUUCACGACCAACCUCGACCAACUCUCAGUUCAUGCCAACGUCAACAUCAACGUCACGAAAACGACGAGCAUCACCCAAUUAUGUGGAGUCACAUUUGGAGCAAAUUCUUGAUCGAUACGUUGUCAAUAAUUGGGAAUUACCCGAUAAUGGUCUCUUAUCUCUUCUCUUCUCAGUGAAUAUAGUUCUUUAA